GUUUGUUGCGGCCUGGGUAUCUCCACCGCUGAAUUUAGUCCAAGAGUGACCUCACCUCUACCGGCCUCGUCUUCCCCUCCCCCCACUCUCUUUUCCCUCCAUCCAUCCAUCACCAUCCUCCCGCUCCAACUCACUGGAAUCUCGGAAUCUUCGUCCGCCAAACGAAGCCCAAGCCCGUUGCUUGCUUUCGCUUCACGCUUCCGAAACCUCCCUCUCCCUUUUCCUUUUCCCCGUCGACCUCUCCGGAUCCUGACCGGUCUCCCUCUCUCCCGCCCGUCGUCUGCUGGUGGACUGCACCAUCCGCAUCAGCUACAGCCAUGUCGAUACUACCGCCAGACGUCCACGCAGAGCUGACCCAGCUCCUGCAGGCCCUGCAGUCGCCCGACAACGGCAUUCGAUCCCAGGCCGAAGAGCACUUGCAAAGCAACUGGACCUCUACCCGUCCUGAGGUCCUGUUAAUGGGCCUUGCCGAACAGAUCCAGGGCGCCGGCGACAAUGCGACUCGUUCCUUUGCCUCCGUUAUCUUCCGCCGAAUCGCUUCCAAGACCAGGAAAAUCGAGUCUGGCGAGAACCUCGAUCUCUUCUUCUCCCUCGCCAAGGACCAGGCCGCCGCCAUCCGCCAAAAACUUCUCGAGACCCUCGCCGCCGAGCCUGAGCGAAUGAUCCGCAACAAGAUCAGUGAUGCUGUCGCCGAAGUCGCUCGCCAAUAUACCGAGAACGGUGAUCCCUGGCCCGAACUGCUCGGUGCCCUCUUCCAGCUCAGCCAGGCCCCUGAGGCCGAAAAGCGAGAAAAUGCCUUCCGAGUCUUCGCCACUACUCCGGCCAUUAUCGAGAAACAACAUGAGGAGGCGGUCCUCCAGGCCUUCCAGAAGGGUUUCAAGGACGAUGCUGUCAUGGUGCGCCUCGCCGCCAUGGAGGCUUUUGCCUCUUUCUUCAGGACCAUUAGCAAAAAGGGCCAGGCCAAGUACUUUGCCCUUAUCCCCGACGUCCUUAACAUUCUCCCCCCAAUCAAGGACUCGCAAGACUCCGAUGACCUGAGCAAGGCACUCGUCGCCCUCAUCGAUCUCGCCGAGUCAUCCCCCAAGAUGUUCAAGCCUCUCUUCCAGAACCUCGUUCAGUUCAGUGUCUCCGUUAUUCAAGAUAAAGAGCUAGACAAUAUCUGCCGGCAGAACGCUCUGGAGCUCAUGGCCACCUUUGCCGAUUACGCUCCCUCCAUCUGCCGCAAGGACCCCUCGUACACCAACGACAUGAUUACUCAGUGCCUCAGCUUGAUGACCGACCUCGGCGAGGAUGACGACGACGCCGCCGAAUGGAUGGCUUCGGAUGACCUUGAUCAAGAUGAAAGCGACCAGAACCAUGUUGCUGGCGAGCAGACUAUGGAUCGUCUUGCCAACAAGCUUGGUGGUCAGACCAUCCUCGCUCCCACCUUCAACUGGUUGCCCCGCAUGAUGACCUCUAUGGCCUGGAGGGACAGGCACGCCGCGCUGAUGGCCAUCUCAGCCAUCUCUGAGGGUUGCCGAGAGCUGAUGAUUGGUGAGCUAAGCCAGGUACUUGACCUGGUUGUUCCCGCCCUUCGCGACCCCCACCCCCGUGUGCGAUGGGCUGGUUGCAACGCUCUUGGUCAGAUGAGCACCGACUUUGCUCCCAAGAUGCAGACCGACUACUACGAUCGAGUCCUAAAGGCCAUUAUCCCAGUUCUCGACUCGCCCGAAGGCCGUGUCCAGUCCCACGCUGCCGCCGCCCUUGUCAACUUCUGCGAGGAAGCCGAGAAGAACACUCUGGAGCCCUACUUGGAUGAUUUGUUAUCGCACCUGUUCCAACUCCUCCAAAACGAGAAGCGAUAUGUUCAGGAGCAGGCUCUGUCCACUAUUGCUACCAUUGCUGAUGCUGCCGAGGCCGCCUUCUCCAAGUACUACGAUACCCUCAUGCCACUCCUCGUCAACGUGCUCCAGAACCAGAAUGAGAAGGAGUACCGCCUCCUGCGAGCCAAGGCCAUGGAGUGUGCCACUCUGAUUGCGCUGGCUGUGGGCAAGGAGCGACUUGGACAGGACGCCAUGACUCUUGUCAACCUUUUGGCCAACAUCCAGGCCGGCAUCACCGACGCGGACGACCCUCAGGCACAGUAUCUCAUGCAUUGCUGGGGCCGCAUGUGCCGUGUACUUGGCUCGGACUUCCUGCCCUUCCUUCACAAUGUCAUGCCGCCAUUGCUGGAGCUUGCCAUGGCCAAGGCCGACAUCCAGUUGCUGGAUGAUGACGAUCAGGUCGAGCAGAUGCAGAACGAGGAGGGCUGGGAGUUGGUCCCUCUCAAGGGCAAGAUGAUUGGUAUCCGAACGAGCACCAUGGACGACAAGCACAUGGCUAUCGAGCUCUUGGUCGUCUAUGCGCAGGUUCUCGAGGCCUCCUUUGCGCCAUACGUUGCGGAGAUCAUGGAGAAGAUUGCCCUGCCCGGUCUGGCUUUCUUCUUCCACGACCCAGUUCGUUACAUCUCAGCCAAGCUGGUUCCCCAGCUGCUCAGCUCCUACAAGAAGGCCUACGGUCCCCAGUCAAACGAGCUUGCAGGGCUCUGGACCGCCACCGUAGACAAGCUCCUCGAGGUUCUCACCGCUGAGCCGGCUAUCGAUACUCUGGCGGAGAUGUACCAGUGCUUCUAUGAGUCCGUGGAAGUAGUAGGCAAGGCUUGUCUUAGCACUGACCACCUGAGCCGCUUCAUCGACUCGGUCCACUCUGCCAUUGAGGACUAUAAGGAUCGCGUUGCGCAGCGUGCUGAGGACAAGGAGGGAGCGACCGCCGACGACGUCGAGGACGAGGCCGAGGAGACCCUGAUUGCCAUUGAGGAUGACCAGACACUCCUUUCAGACAUGAACAAGGCCUUCCAUGCCAUAUUCAAGAACCACGGCGCUGCCUUCCUCCCCGCGUGGGAGCGAUUAAUCUCAACUUACGAAGGGUUCCUUGCCUCAACUGACUCCACCCAGCGACAGUGGGGACUGUGCAUCAUGGAUGAUGUUCUGGAAUACUGUGGCCCUGAGAGCACUCGAUACGCCAACUACAUUACCCAGCCACUCAUCGACGGAUGCCGAGAUCCUUCACCGGCGAUCCGACAAGCAGCGGCCUAUGGUAUCGGUGUUGCUGCGCACCGAGGUGGUGCCCCGUGGGCCCAGUUCCUGGGUGGCUCGGUACCUUUCCUGUUCCAGGUCACCCAAGUGCCGGAUGCUCGAAACGAGGACAACGUGUACGCGACGGAGAACGCAUGUGCUGCCAUUGCCAAAAUCCUCCACUACAACGCCAGCACGGUUGCGGAUGUGCAGAACGUGACUACCCAGUGGGUAGAGACGCUCCCCGUCACCAAUGAUGAGGAGGCUGCACCAUAUGCGUACGCAUACCUAGCUGAGUUGAUUGACCAGCAACACCCGGUCGUGCUCAACCAGGCGGGCAAGGUGUUUGUGUUCAUUGCCCAGGCUCUAGAGGCGGAGACGCUGCAAGGCCAGACGGCGAACCGAGUGGCGAUUGCGACCAAGACGCUGCUGACGACUGCCAACGUGGAUCCCAUGCCCCUACUGCAGCAGUUCUCUCAGGAGUCCCAGCGAACGAUUAUGGGAUACUUCUCUUAGGUGUGGGGGCCUGUCAAUGAUCGAUGUAAAAGGGCCCGGAUAUGAGAAGGGCCCAGCCCGUCCUGGAAGUUAUUGCUGGGAGCGCAAGGGAGAUAUGAUCGGACGAGGAUGAUUAUGAUGCAGAUAUUUAUUGGGAACGUGCCGCUUCAGAUUCCAGAUGAUACCAAGAAGGGCGUGAGCGGCCACCUAAGCCAAGAGUUGAUUUAGCAACGAUGCCAUCGUGGCAGACGGGGCUUGGAGAUUUUUUUUUUGUUUUGCUUCCGAGAUUCUUGAAAGGGCGGAAGAGGAACUCAGGAGCUUGAGGACUGUCCUGAAGGGAACAGAGAGCCAGGGAGAUGAGACGAUGUGAAGCGGCGAAUCAUUUGGAGAUAGAGAAGGGAAGUGGCGUCGAGUAGAAGAAAAUCCGGGUUCAUACGUAUGACUUGACUUUACUGAUCA